AUGCCUACGCCAGACUCUGCUGAAGAGGUGUCGCCGACACGCCAGUUUGGUCAGGAGAGAAGUCAAGUGGCAGGUGCAACUUCCGUAGGUGCUGCAACAGCAUCAUCCGGAGGACAGGACAGUGGGGGGCACUAUAGGGAUCGAGAUCCACCCCCAACGUACAGUGGAGAAGAACCAGAAGUGACUUUUAGAAGUUUUGAAAAGAGUGUCAAAUUAUGGGAAUUUGAGACUGAUGUUCCUCCAGUCAAGAGGGGAGCGAAGCUGCUUAGGUCACUUGCUGGUCCAGCCAAAUUGGCGGUCGAAGAAAUGAGUUUUGAAGAAAUCACGUCAGAGAAAGGGGUAGAGAAUAUCAUGGAUAGACUCCGUGAUUACUUCUUGCCUCACUUGGAGGUUUCGCUGCCCAGGGCCUUUGAGGCCGCAGUGUAUGGAGCUUCCAGGACGUCCAAAGAGGGCUUCAAUGAGUACUUGGCCAGGAUGGACAAAGCCUUCCAUCGACUUCGAAAAGAAGGAGUUGAUUUACCAGAUGGUGCGGAGGGCUACAUCCUCUACCGCCAGUCGAACCUGAACGAGUCGCAGGACCAGAGAUUUCUGGUUUGGGCAGAUGGAAAGUACGAUCGCAGGUCGGUCAUUCAUGCCUUGAGAAAGCUGGACAAGGUGGUCAAGGAGAAGUCCAAAGGGCACUAUGUCUCCGAAGUGGACUCGGAGAAUAUGGAGGCGUUCCUCACUGAAGACCCCUACGGCAUGAUCGCCGAGGAUGACGAUGAGAACUACGUCUAUCUCCAGGAGGGUGAUUUGGACAACAUCCUGGAGGAAGACGAUGUGAUUGCAGCCAUGGCGAGCUAUCAGGAGAUCCGCAAAGCAGUCAAGGAUCAACAGAAAGCAGCCAGCGUCUCCGCGUCUUCAACAUCUACGGCCAAAUCAGGCUUCUUUGUAGCAUCUGAUGUUGCCGCUGGGAAGAACACCUCCCAGUUCUGGCUGAAAGAGUUUGUAGAAGACCGGGCAAAGACCAACUCAGCGCCCCACGGAGCAUACAAGUCCGAUGCAGCUCAGUUUUGUGGAAUUUGUACGUCAGCUGAACAAGGCAUAGUUGAUACAGCUGCAGAGGGUGGAUUGGUUGGUUCAGUUGCUUUUGGUAGGAUACAAGGUGAAUUGGAAAAGAAAGGUUUGAAAGUGAUGUGGACAUCAAAGAAGACGUCAGCCAGAGGUGUAGGAGGUCAAGCAUCAGUUUUGGGAGUUGCCAUGUUGCCGUUGGGAAUUGGUGGAGUCAAUGGCCUGUUAGAAACGACGGUGGUUGAUGGUGAUGUUCCUCUUUUACUUCCCAUUCGCAUGAUGACUGCACUUUACACUGUUAUUGAUCUUUGCAACAUGAAGUUCAUCAUGAAGCUCUAUGAUGUUACAGUCGACAUGAAGUCUUUGGCAAGUGGACAUGUGGCUAUCGAUGUCAUGCAGUUUGCAACAGAAGGUUUUAAGGUUCCAGAAGGAGCAUCAGGUUUUUGUCAAGAAGAUUUUCAACUUUUUCCACGACAUGAUCGACAUGGUGAUGCAUAUGCGAUGAGUGCAGUUCGAAUCCCAAGGUUUAGAACCUUGCCAGCUCUGGCCCACAUGGCAUCUUUGCUGGCGCGCGUGAAGCGGCUUGGGAGCGGCGCUGCAGCUUCCGAAGUGGGGCAUGCGACGCAGAUGGAAGAGGAGCCGCCGGCUCAUCACCCAAAGAGAGCUUGGAAGGGAUGGCGUAUCAUCCUCGACAAGAUGACCACUCUGAUCGUCUUCUCAAACAUGCAGCAAGUCGUGGAAGAGUGGUUUCCUCAAUCGCCACACUUGCAGUCCUCUUACUUGGAGCCACGGGAGGAGACCAUAGAGGAUGUGUAUGCGGAGUUGAUUGCGGGAGCCAAGCCUUUGGCACCGCUGAAGACCAGAGAUCCACCAAAAGUUUCUCCAAGCACAUGCAAACACCCGAAGUCCAAGCUGAAGGGAGGCGGCAACCAGACAGCCUCUUAUAUCACCUGCCGAGAUUGCAACAGUCGUUGGGAGAAUGCAUACCCAGCGGGGCAACUCAGGAAGGACAUGAAGCAAAACAAGAAAGAGAAGAAGGGCCUCUUGGGUCAACAGCAGGAGAUGGAAGCUAUGGAGGGAGUGGAAGCCACCCCAAUGGUCACGGAAGAGAACAUGAAGUUGAUGCAGCAACUGGAGUUGGAGAGGAUCCAAAGUCAGGAGAUGCAGCAGCGAUUGCAGAACGAGCUGACGGCGCAGAGGAAUGCCACCAGAGAGGUGGAAAUCAGAAUGGAGGCCAAGAUGAGAGCCAUCAUUCAGGAGUACGAGGAGAAGAAUGCCCAGAGGAGGCAGCAACAGGCAGCACCACCCACGAGCUCACAGGGAGCGGUGGUCCUCUGCGAAUGCAGGCAACCAGCCGAGAGGUUGAUUGGAGGACGGAUCCAAUGUGGACAGCUGGAGUGUGGUGAGUUCAGAGGAGGCAUACUCCAGGAGGUCCUUUCUGCCAACACAGCCAAAGGCCAGUCCGCCACUGAACUCCAUCAAGAGCCCCAGGCAAGCAGAAGCAGCACCAGCAAGGAGGAGGUCCAAAAGCCCGAGGAGACCGAUGGAUCAGACAGCAGGACAGGAAGCGGUGGAGAUCUCCGACUAGGCGGAGAAUAUGGCUGGGGAGAGGCCCAGUCAAGGAGAGGUAGAAGGAGCCUAAGGAGGAUGCAGCAAGCACACCACAGCAACACCACCAACAACAUCUUCACGGCAGAAGAUGGGUAUGAGGUGCAAGAGGAAGGGGCAUGGAGUUUCAGACAGGGGAGAGUCCCACUGAAUGAAGAAAGACCGACAAGAGUCAAACUACAUCCGAGCAACCGGAUGAUGAAUGAGUCAGGAUGGGACAAUGGAAGAGAAAUCCAAUUCAACCGAAAGCAAAGGAAGAAGUUGCAGCAAGACAUGGAGGUUAUGUUCCAAAAGGCAGGAGGAGUUCAUGUCAGUGAGGUUUUCUCACCGCCAAGGGUGACAAAGCUGGCAAAACAUAGAGGCAUGAAGGCGGGAGAGGCUUAUGACAUUCUCACAGGCUGGGAUCUAUCAGACCCCACCCAAAGAGGAGCCUUUUGGAAGAAGCUCAAGGAGGAGGACCCAAUGGCCUUUUCGGUUUUGCAGUCACUCAAUUUCCAACGAAUGGGCUUUGAUGCGGCAUUUCAAUUGGUAGAGCUGGGGCUGGAGCAUCUUCGUUUAGCAGCAGCAAUCAUGAAAUGGCAGACAAGACGUGGCAAGUACGUCAUCUACGAACAGCCAGAUGGCGCCAGGAGGACACACACACAUGGGAGCCUGAUGGGAGGUCUGGCACACAAGGCGGAGGUGUAUCCCAGGCAGUUCUGUGAGGCGAUCAUCAGAGGCAUUAGAAGGCAAAUACAGGCAGAUGGAGGAUGGCACCUUUACAGCGAAGAGGAGCAAAGCCUCAUUGAAGUUUGGGCAGAAGAAGAGGAAGAAGAGCUUGAUGAAAUACAAGAUGUAGCUGAAGAAGGAGCAGAGGUAAUUGGAGAAGGCAAAGAGGAGCAUGAGAUUGCAGAUGAUCAGAAAAGAGCCUUGGGAAAGCUACAUCGGGGACUGGGACAUCCAGCUCUUCCCGACUUCAUCAGGUUCAUGAAAGCAGCCAGGGUGAAAGGAGAGGUGGUCAAAUGGGCACACCGACAUUUUAGAUGUGAGACAUGCGAAAGCAGACCCAAACCCAAAGCAGUGAGGGUUGGCAGCAUACCCAAGACAUAUCAGCCAAACAAGGUUUUGGGCAUUGAUUUGAUCUACAUACCAGAGGUUGGAGGAAAGAACCUCCUACCAGCGCUUUCAGUGCUGGAUUGGGGAAGCAACUUUCAGGUUGUAGAGCUGCUGGCAAACAAAGACCCAGAGACAGUUUGGCAGGCGAUGUGGAGCUGCUGGAUGAGAAUCUUUGGGUGCCCGGAGAUCAUCAUUUGCGACAGUGGAAAAGAGUUUUUGGCAGAUUUCGUCAGAAAGGCGACAGGUCAUGGUAUCGUGGUUUUCCAAGCUGGAGCAAGAGCGCCCUGGCAGAAUGAAAAGACCGAGAGGCAUGGGGCGCAUUUCAAGGAGCUCUUGGAGAAGGCGCGAAAUGAGACUGUCUUGGCUGAUGAAGCCGAACUCAGAUUGCUGAUGCAAGAGGUUGAAAGUUGCAAGAAUAGGUAUGCGAACCGGAGCGGCUUUUCUCCGGUGCAGCGUCAGGUAAGACAAUGGCCCAGGAGUCCUUCUGAGCUCCUUUUAGAUGAGGCGAUAGAUCCUUUGUUGGUGUCAGGAGCUAUGGUGGAUGAUGUGGAAAGACUUCAUGAGAUGAGGCCUACAGCAGAGCAAGCACAAGCACCGGGCUUUCAAGAACAGGUAGACAGGUCAAGACAGAUGAGCAACAGACUGGAUGGAUUACCUCCACCUUCGACUCCAAUCAGAGGAUGGCGUUUGAGGAGAGAAGAGAGCAACCCCUACUGCUGGGAGAUGUACUUCAAUUCAGAAGAAGACCAGGCAGACGAAGAGAUAGAAGAGGCAAGAAGAAGAGCCAACAGCUUGCUGAAGAAGAUUGGCAAAAGCAACAGAGGAGACUAUUGGCAAGUUGACAUAGAAAGAGGGCGACUAGUUCGACAUCAUGUGAAGAAGCGUCGGACGCCCUUUCAUCCGAAGGAAGGAUGCCCUGUGGAUCUAGACGCGAUCCAAACCAAGAGGAGAACAGAAUUGAACUACAAAGAAAACUUGCCAACAGAGACAGAAGAAGAUGACUGGACGAAAAAGGUCGGUCCAGAAAGACACAAGGGUUGGUGGAAAGGAACCACAACCUUCUUCUUCAAGGCAGAGGCAAGCCAAGAAGAAAAGGAAGCAGUGAGAGUGCUGCUUACCGAAAGGAAGAGAUCCGAUGAAGUGGAUAUGAGAAAAGAAUCUCAAAAGGAUCUAGAAGAAUGGAAGGACUUUGAUGCUGCUGAAUGGCAAAAGAUAGUGGACAGUGGGGCAGUGAGAGUGCUGUCACCCGAAGAGUCCAGGGCAGUGAAGGCCCAACUGGCUCGGGAAGGGAAGCUGAAGAGGAUCCUUCCUACAAAGAUAGCCAGGCACUAUAAGCCAUCGGAGCAGCCAGGGACCCCGGCAACAAAGAAAAGCAGAUUAUGCCUGCGAGGGGAUCUAGAUCCAGACAUUCUGGACCUGGAGAAAUUUUCUCCAACGGUCAACACGAUGAACCUGGCGGUGAUGAUGCAGAUAGGAGCCAACCGCCGGAUGGUUGGAGAAAUUGCUGACUUCAAGAACGCAUUUUGCCAAAGUCAGCCCUUGGAAAGGAAAGGUGGACCACUCUACUUCAAACAGCAGCCAGAGGGCAUCAAAGGAGUAGAUCCAGAAUGCAUAGCCAUCAUCAUAGCCGGUUGCUAUGGGCUGACUGAUGCGCCGCUUCAUUGGCGCAAAUCUCUCACGGACUUCCUCAAAAGCAUCAACUAUGAGCAGAGCACCAUGGACCCAUGCAUCUACAAGUUGUAUCAAGGAAAUGAGAUAGCUGGAAUGAUAGCUAUAGAGGUGGAUGACCUUCUCAUGAUAGGCAAUGAAUAUCAUCAGGGUCAGUUGCAGAAGCUCAAGGAGAGAUUCACGUUUGGGAAGUGGGUCACACUUCCUGAGACUGAAGAAGGAGCCAUGUUCAACGGUAGAAGAAUCAGACAAAAGCGCGAUGGCGAGUUUCAGAUUGACAUGAUGAAAUUUGUUGAGGAGAGGUUGCAUGAGGUUGAGCUUGAGAAAGGUAGGUCUAGCAAGAAGAAAGAGGAGGUCAAUGAGGUCGAGCGACAGAAAAUGAGAGCGGCUUGCGGAUCUCUCAAUUGGCUAGCAAAAGAGGGAAGACCAGAUCUAGCUGGACCAGCCAGCUUAUUGUCAUCUCGCAUAGCACAUGCCAGAAUCGAGGAUAUCACUGCGCUCAACGACGUGAUCAGAAGCGUGAAAAAGGUGCCCGACAUGUCAAUCAGAUUGCAACCACUGGUGAACAUGAAAUUCAGCGUUGUCACAGAUGCGUCAUUUGGAAACGAUGGUUAUCACUCACAGGGAGGUCAAAUGAUUCUGUGUCAUGAAGAUGGACUUCAAAAGAAUUUGCGUGUCACCACAAACGUUUUGUGCUGGCGCAGUGGCCGCAUUCAAAGGGUAGUAAACUCAACCCUUGCUGCAGAAACACAGAGCCUAUCACGGGGUUUAGGAGACUUACUCUGGGUUAUGGUUCUAUUCGAAGAGCUGCAGGACAGGAAGGUCAUCGACAAUGCUGGGGACAAGUCCAUGCAAGUGAAGUAUGACAUGUCUAUGAAGAACCAGAUGUAUGGGAAGAGCGGGCAUCCUGAGAAGACUUAUGAAUUCCUAAUCAGUAUGAUCAAAGGAUACAUUGCCAGAGGGAAGCAAGAAAGACUGUUGAAAGACAGGGAACGUGCAGUUAAGAUAUCGUUAUCAUCCAACAAAACUACACCAGCCUUGGAAGAUGACGUGAAAGCUGCCGCCCCCACCAAGACGAAGAAGGAAGACGCUGCAGCCGCUUCAUCUGCCGGUGACCCUCCCAAAGGAAAGCCGAAGGCUAAGGCAAAAAGUGAAGCUGCCUCUGUACUUCCUACGCCUUCUCCGAAGUCUCAUGCCGACAAAAACAAGAAAGGCAAGGGCAAAGGUGGGAAGGGAAGAUCAUCAUUAUACUGA